UGGUCUGCGGAUGGCAAACAGGAAAGAGCCCUUUACCUAAAGGAGAAUGUGUGCCCAGAAAGGGCUUGGGAGGUGGUUGACUGGCCCUGGUGUGCCCACGUGGUGUAUGUCCUCCAGGGACAUGGCAUGCUGGUGUCUCCUAAGCCUGGGAGUGGGAAGCUUUACAGAGAGUCCCAGGGUUGGCACGGUGACUGUGGCCUCUGCUGUGGGACAGGUGCAGGAGAACUCCCCAGCCCAGCAGGCAGGCCUGGAGCCCUACUUCGACUUCAUCAUCACCAUCGGGCACUCGCGACUGAAUAAGGAGAACGACACGUUGAAGGCCCUGCUGAAGGCCAAUGUGGAAAAGCCCGUGAAGCUUCAGGUGUUCAGCACCAAGACCAUGAAGGUGCGGGAGGUGGAGGUGGUGCCUAGCAACAUGUGGGGUGGCCAGGGCCUGCUGGGCGCCAGCGUGCGCUUCUGCAGCUUCCGCCGGGCCAGUGAGCACGUGUGGCGUGUGCUGGAUGUGGAGCCCUCCUCGCCUGCCUCCCUCGCUGGCCUGCGCCCCUACACAGACUAUGUGGUUGGCUCAGACCAGAUCCUCCAGGAGUCCGAAGACUUCUUUUCUCUCAUCGAGUCCCAUGAAGGGAGGCUCUUGAAGCUGAUGGUUUACAGCUCCGAGUCUGACUCCUGCUGGGAGGUGACUGUAACUCCCAACGCAGCCUGGGGUGGAGAGGGCAGUUUGGGGUGUGGUAUCGGCUAUGGAUACCUGCACCGGAUCCCAACUCAGCCCCCCAGCCACCACAAGAAGCCACCCAGUGCCUCACCACCUGGACCCACCACCCAGGACUCUCCUGCCCUUCCAGGCCCAGAGACAGGCUCCAGGCAGGGUGACUAUGUGGAGGCUUUGUUGCAGGCACCUGGCUCCCCCGGGGAGGGACAGCUUCCUGAGCCUGGGAGUCCUGGCCGUGGUGCUCCAGACUUUGGAGGACUUCCAUGUGGCCUGGAGACCCCUCUCCAGCCCCCACCUCCAGUACAGCGAGUCAUGGACCCAGGUUUCCUGGACGUGUCGGGCAUCUCCCUCUUGGACAGCAGCAAUGCCAGUGUCUGGCCCAGCCUGUCCUCUGCCUCUGAGCUGACGUCCACAGCUGUCUCACCCUCAGGGCCGGAAGACGUCUGCUCCAGCAGCGGUUCUCAGCGUGGUGGUGAGUGCCUGGCACCUUCAGGCGCUUUCUGGUUGUUGGGAAGGCUGCCCUGUUUCUCAGACGGGUCG